AUGGCCCAGUUUGUCCGUAGCCUCUCGGAGAAAGCUCUGGCGCUGGUGAACGCAGCUGUGACUUACUCGAAGCCUCAGUUGGCCACAUUCUGGCACUAUGCCAAGGUUGAGCUGGUUCCUCUGACCCCUGCUAAGGUCCCUACAGCGAUUCAGAGCUUGAAACAAAUAGUCAGGAGCGCCCAGACCGGUAGCUUCAAGCAGCUCACUGUCAAGGAGGCUCUGCUGAACGGUUUGGUGGCCACUGAGGUGUGGAUGUGGUUUUAUGUCAGCGAGACCAUAGGCAAGCAUGGCAUCAUUGGCUACGAUGUUUGA